GGUUGACUCCGCCCAUCUGCUUGACUCCUGUUAUGAAAGCAGAGCAGUGGGGGUGUUUGACAACUGGAACACAGAAACUGCUGUCGUGCUGCUGUCUCUUUGGGAUACGCCAAACACCAACAAUACAUAACACGCUGAUGCAGACUGGCAGAGGACUCAGGACAUAAAGUUCUUCCUGAUCGUGGAUCCACUACCACUAUCGGCGAUGCUUCGUGUCACCACUGCCUCCUUGUGCACCUCCUGUCAGAGGGUGAGGCUGCUCCUCCUCCCUCCUUCCGCCUCCACCUCCACAGUGACCCCGUCCAAUAAGAGACUGGAGAACCAGCGCACGGUGGACUCCCUCUAUGACCUGUCGGUGGACGUGAGAAAAGUGCGCAAGUUCAAGGGCUGGGUCCUGUCAGAGAGCUCCGCCUACGUGUCCGAAACCGCCGCCCUGCUGAGGGACAUGGGCGCGGACGGGACGGUCAUCGCCCGCAUCCUGGAGACUCACCCGGAGGCGGUCCUGUGUCGGCCGGAGGACGUGGCCGCCCAGCGGGGCCUCUGGGAGUCCGUGUGUCCCAACAAGCGCGAGCUCGUGGGCAUCAUCGAGAAGUUCCCGGCCUCCUUCUUCACGCUGACGCACCACGGCAACCAGCAGGCCAACAUCCUCUACCUCCAGAGCCUCCACCUCAACAAGAGGAUCAUCAGCAAGCUCAUAGCCAGCGCCCCGCAGAGCUUCAGCCGGCCCGUGGAGCGCAACCAGGAGGUCAUCCACACCCUGAGGGAGACCUACCUGGACCUGGGCGGGGAAGAGGGGAACCUGCGCGUCUGGCUGCAGAAGCUCCUCAGCCAGAACCCGUACAUCCUGCUGCGGCCGGCCGAGGCCUGGAGGGACAGCCUGGGCUUCCUGAGGGAGCAGGGCUUCACCACGGAGGAGCUCCUCAGCCUGGUCUCCAGCCUCAGAGCCUCCAUCGCGGAGCUGAAGCCCGAGGCCAUGCGGCAGGCUCUGGCUUACAUCGAGGGAGCUCUGGCCUGCUCCAAGGACGAACUCAAGCAGGUGGCGAUCCGCUGCCCCGCCGUCCUGUACUACUCCCUGCCCACCCUGGUGAGCCGCUACCAGGGGCUGAUGGACGUCGGGGUGAGCAUGGAGCAGGUGAAGGAGUCGCCGAACGUCAUGGAGCUCACCACGCAGAUCGUGCUGUAUCGCGUCCAGAAGCUGGCCUCCUACGGGUACGACGUGCGCUCGGGGAGCCUGGACGUCAUCGUGGGAACCAAGAAGGACUUCGAGAUGACUUACGGGAAGCUGAGCCUCAGGCAGCAGCGGCCGCUCUUCAACCCCGUGGCGCCGCUCAAGUCUGAGGAGUGACCCGUCGAGAUGUCGGAUGUGCAGCGGCGUAAACCUCCAGGUUUAAGAGGAACGUCAUUAUCAAACAACCCAGUGCUGCUAUUUCAUGCUUUUUUUUAUUUGAGGCAGAAAACAUGACAGGACGUAUCUUAUUUUGUAUGACAAAUAUACUGAUUAGCCACAACAUUAUGACCACCUGGUUGCUAACACUGCGUAUUUUCCGCUUUUGGCUGCAGCCGCUCACUUAGACCUCAGAAGGUGAGCUGGAGGUAUCUGGUUUGUCCCACAGAUGCUCGAUUGGAUUCAGAUCUAGGGAAUUUGGAGGCAACAUGUCAAACUUGCUUGCUUCCAUUUUGAGUUAGGCCACUGCCGUUAGAUAAACUUUAAUGAUCCACAAGGGAAAUUAAUUGGCCAAAGGAGCCUAAUUGCUACAGAAAGAUGAUAUACAGAGAAUGAGCUCCUCUGAGCCUCUAGUGUUUGGUGUAGUGGAUGGGAUGGAUUGUCCAUGACGGAGAGACGUUUAUCCAGUGUCCUCCCGUCUCCCGACUCCCUACCAAUCACAUCUCCAGCCUUCCGGAUCAAUUUGUUGAUCUAGUAAUUCACUGCACGCUUUGAAAACCCAGAGCUUCCUGAGAACGUAAAGCCUACUCAGGCUCUUCUUGUCCCCUUCUUGUCCCUCCAGUCCAGCCUGCUGCUUAUGUGGACAUGCAACAAUGCUUCCGGUGGUACGUGUCAAAAGGGACGUCCAUUGGAAUGGGCGGGAUCCGACGUCUCUAAGCAGAACUUUGCCCAAAGCGUCACACGACUACACCAACAUUUAACAUUAAAACCACUGACAGGAGAAGUCCUUUUAGUAUUGUUCUUGGUUUGUUCUGUUGUCCCUUCACGCCGGGAGCUGUGUCUGGCCUGGGUGGUUGGGGGUCCUACUCCAGGGCUUUAUGGCCGUGGUGUGGACCCCCCGUCUGUCUGGGUCGGGGACGGCCAUGAAAGGUUGUUUGCUCAGUCGUUGCAUGUGUGUAGUACUGUGUAAAUGUGAAGCACUUAAUGUUGCACCUUGCAUGAAAAGUGCUAUGCAAAUAAAGAUUUGAGUAAAUUCAAUGUUCUGCUGGGAAACGUUUGGAUCAUUCACCUGGAUUUUACAAUUUUGUCUCCGUUAAAGCGCCUCAAAUCCUCCGACGUGCUGCCUAAUACGUCUCACUUCACCUGUAAGCGGUCCUAAUGUUGUGGCUGAUCUCGUAUGUUAAAGAACAUAGAUUUGGGACAGAUAUAUUAAAGGGUCAUGUUAUCUUUACAACUAACCAAACUGAAGUGUCUAAAAAACGGUUUUCUUCUUCUCCAGGAGAAGGUUCGAUAAGAUGGUAACACAUUUACUCUGUGUGUGUGACGCGGUUUGAUUACUAAUUCAUGCAGAAUAAAAAAAAAAAAAAUCAAACUGUACA